UGCGCGCCAAUAAUGGAUAAAGAGAGUGAAAAACUAAAAUCACCGGUUACACAAUUGCUUGUAAGGUCCCGACUUGACUUAGAGCCCGAGUUUGCUGGCGGGAAAAGGAAAAAGUCCGUCCUAUGGGGUAAGGUCCUCGAAAAUAUGCGUUUUAUAAAUCUGGAAGUGUCGCAAACAAAAGAGUUUAUGCAAAGGAAAUUUUUAAAUUUGUUUGCGACGUAUAAGAGGAUUAAAAAACGUAACGACGCGACAGGUCGAGGUGUCACGACGUGGGAAUAUUUCAAAGAUUUUGACAAAGUUUUUGGACUGAGGAGGAAAGAUGCGUGGAAGAAAGCGAGGAAGAAGGUGUCUGCCGAAAAAAACGACCAAAAACUAUUACUUAUGAAACAUUGGAUUUUUUUAAAGAAGAAGCGCGGAAAGAGCAGAUUCGGCACGAAGAAACUAUGAAGAUCGAAAAAGAAAAAUUGCUGGUUGACAAGGAAAGGAUUAAAGCAAUUUUGGAUUUGCGGUAAGUUUUGGAGGGCUUGUGCCAAAAAUAA